AUGCAUCUCCUACCAGAGCCAGCCGUUGCCCAGAUCUUAAGACAGCUAACUCAGGAACAAUGUCACGAGUUCCUAGCCACUCUAGACGAAACUCUUGCCACUGUAUCCGCACAGUCAACUGCCCUGGAGUCCGAGCGACUGGUGCACCAGCCCCUCCGCACCGCCAUCACCACCAAAGAUGAGAACCUAUCCCUCUUCAUGCCCGUCUCGAACACCGCCAGCACUAGCGUCAAAGUCGUAACGGCGUCCAAAACCCAUGGCAUCAUCGGCGUUAUUAACAUUUUCUCGCCGGAGGGGAAACUGCUAGGCCUUCUCAGUGCCGCAGAGAUCACUGCUUUCCGCACCGCCCUCGCCAUCAUGUCAUUGUUCGUCCGCUGCGCAUCCCUACGGAAGGAGAAUAUCGUUAUCUUCGGCUCCGGGCGACAAGCAGAAUGGCAUGCUCGACUUGCCCUCCUGCUGGUUCCUGGCCAGAUCCGGAAGAUCACCUUCGUCAACCGAGGUCGCAAGCGACUGAACGAGCUACAGAGGGACGUAAUUGACGAUUUAAGACGAUCCCAUCCCGACGUUACGAUGGUUACUUUGGCCAAGGAGGACACGGAAGACUACGAGGAGCAACUCCGAUCCGAACUCCGCUCGUGCGAGGUCAUCUUCAGCUGCACGCCGUCGACGGAGCCUAACUUUCCCUAUGCUUAUCUCCAGCCGUUCAAGGCGAGGUUCAUCUCCCUAAUUGGGUCGUAUCGACCUUAUAUGCGGGAGAUUGAUUCCGAAACCCUGCUUUCUGGGGGCGAUAAGAUCUAUGUGGACUCGAGGGAGGCUUGCUUGGAGGAAUCCGGGGAACUUAUCCGGGCGCAGGUCAAGGAAGACCAGUUGAUUGAGCUUGGGGAGUUAUAUCAGACGCUUGGGAAGUCCGAGCCGAUCAAGGUGCCGGAGGGGUGUAACGUGGUGUUGAAGUGUGUAGGGAUGGGGAUUAUGGAUUUGGUGACUGGAAAGAAGUUGUUGGAGAUGGGGAAGGAAAAAGGCAUUGGUAUGGAGGUUGAUGGAUUCUAG